CUUAAAAAAAAACAAUUUAUGUGCAUCCCUGUGCUGCAAGGAAUUUGUAGCCGGCAACUUGCGAAUUCUCCAGUGUUUUGCGGCUUGUUUCUGACAGAUUGCAGCCGCUCACCUGGAGCUGAGAGGGUCAUUCCCUCCCGGGGGGAGACUGUGGAGUUUUUUUUUAAAAAAGCGCUGGCUGGCCUUCUGAAACUCACAUGCUCGAUCGCUUCGCCCGUGGGGACAGCCACAGCCGCGGGCGGCUGGAACUCCGCAAACAUGAAUGGAGAGCGUUCGAGUUCCUCGGGCUGUGCCGCGGGUAGAGGGCGAGAGAAGGAGAAACUCCCACCCAUAGUGACAGCCUCAGCAAGCUCACUGCCGGCCGCCACAUCAUUUGCGGGAGGUGAAAGAGGCCCCAAAAUCCAAUUUCCAACUUUUAGCAGCUUUAUCUCCACCAUCAGCCAGAAGCAGGAAGCCAUUGGUGGCAUCAGUUCUCUCACAAAAGCUGUCUUACCUAAUGCCAAACAUGUGCGAGAGCUUCCACCUAUUAACCUAGAUGUACGUCAAAAACAACGUAUCUCGAUAGAGAUUUUGCCUCCUGAAAUGAAAGCCCCAUUCCCUCCUGAACCUAUACUUCCCACUUGUACCAAAACAUUGAGGGAAUUUCAAGAAGAUGUAGAAAAGGCCAAGAUUUCAGGAGACUGGAAAAUUGUACGUGAUUUUUAUUCAACAACAUUUGAUUCUUUCCUGGAAAUUAAUGCAGCUUUCAAGCGGGAUGCCAGUGCACCUUUUGACACAAUAGACGAUCCAGGCAUUAAUGUUAAAUUUACAAACAAUGUCUAUGACACCUUGCUGGACACACCCCAGGACAUCCAGAAAAGUGUAUUAAAAGGGAUUAUUAACAGCCUGCUGAGGGAAUGGAAAGGGCCACGGACAAAAGAUGACCUUCGAGCUUACUUUUUACUUGUGCAGAAUCCUCAGUUUACAAGCACAUCGACAUAUGUCAUCUAUGCCCAUUUGUUACGGCAGACUGCCACUUUGUCUGAAACGGAUCAUCACUUUCUGGUCCACUGGUUUAAGAAAUUGCCCCUAAGGAGAUUUAAGCAGUUGGUAGAGAGAUUGCUGCAGUUCGUAUCUUUACGUUUGUUUCCAGCAACGCCAGAUGACCUACCGCCCAUGGCAAAGUGUACAUGGUGGAUUCCUUCAGCAACAAGAGUCUUGGCUUUGCUUAAUGCAGCUAACAGUCUGGCGAAUCCUCCAAUUAUUCCUUUCAUGGAUUUCUACAACUCUACCUUGGACCAUAUUGACCUCAUGGAGGAAUAUCACAUCUGGCAGUGUUAUGGAAAUUCUCACAGGUUUUCCUUCUGCCAGUUUCCUUUCAUUCUUUCCUUAGCAGCAAAGAAAGUUAUUAUCCAGAGGGAUUCUGAACAGCAGAUGAUCACAGUAGCUCGGCAAAGCUUGGUUGAUAAAGUGUCUCGUAGACAAAAGCCAGACAUGAACAUGCUUUUUCUCAACAUUAAAGUGAGACGAUUGCAUUUGGUUAAUGACUCACUGGAUGAGUUAACCAGGAAAAAGGAAGAUUUAAAAAAGAAGUUGAAAGUCACCUUUGUUGGGGAAGCUGGAUUAGACAUGGGUGGCCUCACAAAAGAGUGGUUUCUUCUGCUUAUUCGACAGAUCUUCCAACCUGAUUAUGGAAUGUUUGCAUUUCAAUGGGAUUCACGGUUUUAUUGGUUCAGCAGCUUUAAAUGUGAAAGCUACUCUGGAUUUCGAUUGGUUGGAGCUCUGAUGGGUCUGGCUGUGUAUAAUAGUAUCACCCUGGAUGUUCGGUUUCCACCCUGCUGCUACAAGAAGCUGCUGAGUCCUCCUGUUGUUCCAUGUGAUCAGAAUGCUAUUGUUGGAGUAGCACCACUUACACUCGAUGACCUCCGCUACCUUAUGCCAGACUUGGCUCAUGGACUUACAGCACUUAUAAAUUACAAAGGCAAUAUUGAGGAAGACUUUUGUUCCACAUUUCAAGUAUUUCAGGAAGAAUUUGGAACUAUUAAAUCGUACAACCUCAAGCCAGGUGGUGACAAAAUCGCUGUAACCAAUCAGAAUAGACAAGAGUAUGUACAGCUCUAUGUAGAUUUCCUUCUCAACAAGUCCAUCCACAAGCAGUUUGCAGCGUUCUAUCAUGGGUUUCACAGUGUAUGUGCCUCCAAUGCUUUAAUGCUGCUUCUCCCAGAAGAAGUGGAAAUUCUUGUGUGUGGGAACCCCGAGUUGGAUAUUUUUGCACUGCAGAAGAUUACACAGUACGAGGGUUACUCCAAGAUAAACCCCACGAUAAGGAACUUCUGGGAUGUAGUUUUAGGAUUCAGUCUUGAGCUCCAGAAACGACUUCUACAUUUUACUACAGGAAGCGACAGAGUUCCAGUUGGUGGACUUGCUGAUCUUAGUUUUAAAAUUACGAAGAUUGAUGUGCCCACGGAUUGGUUACCAGUCGCCCACACCUGUUUCAAUCAACUCUGCUUGCCUCCGUACAAGAAUAAGAAAGAACUCGAACAGAAGCUAACAAUUGCUAUUUCAAAUGCAGAGGGUUUUGGUCUGGAAUAAUAAGGAAACCACUUCACCACAACACCAACUUGUGUUUAUAUAGAGCUUUUAAUGUAGAAUAAUAACCCAAGAUUGGUGCAACAUAUUUGCUGGAAAUGGUAUUUCACUUAAUGUGCCUGUACUUCAGGGUAAGUUCUGUUUCAUUUAGUUUAGCUUUUCCAUACAAACCUAACUUUAUAGUGAGCUCUGGAAAACCAAAAAGAAAGCAGAUUUUUAAAUACUAUGGAACACUGAUGUUUUGUGAUGUAAUUGCUGCUACAUUUGUAAAAUUAGAUUAAUAUUCACUAGAAAUUAAGUCAUAGGGCCUGAUUUUAAUAAUGUAAAUGAUUAGAAUGAGUUAAAAUUUCACCUUAUGUCUUACAGCUCCAGAUUUGUACCAAACCAUGUCUUUGAGUUGUAAGGUUAUUUUCUGAGAGUACCCUGAAUAGGGAUUAUUUUGAUCCAUCAGCAAUGGCAGCUAAACCAAUAGAUAAGUAAGUUAUUGGAUAAUAGACCUGAACUAGCUACGGAAUCAAUAUUUUAUUGCGAUUUCUACCUUUUAAAAUGUAAAAUAUAGAACCAGAGCAAUAAAAUGAUGCAAAUGAGUUUGAAUCCAGGGACUGAAUUUUCCCAACCCUAUACAGACAGGUUUGGAAGUGGGUGUUAGGGGGAAGCAGCAGGAAACCCCAUCAAGACUGAAGCUGCUGCCCUCUGGGUGACUUGUCCAAAGGGGGAUUGCCAUGGGAAUUGACAGCCUGCUCAAUGGAGUUGAGCAGGUAAUAAAGCCAUUUUAAGAACCCAAUUAAGGGUCAUUUUGUACCAGCACUGCAACUUUGCCGGUAUUGCAUGGGCUGGCCAUUGUAUCGUGAGCCUGGCAAAGUUGCAGAGGUGGCCUCUCGCUGGGAAAUCAUAGUGGCUGAAAUAAUUGGCAGUAUCAGAGCAUGAUGUUUGCAUGAGCCCAAAAGCGGCCACAGGUACUCUCCUGCAUGAGUUACCCCUCCACACUGAGGCCCCUCACAGUGCAGCAUUUAGUCAUCUUGCUCAUCACUGAACAGCUGCCCCCUAGGUCUCCCUCGUCUUCAGCAGCACUCAACUCUCAGGGUAGGGUUGCCAUCUAGACAUAGUUGUGGACCAUCCUGUUGGGCCUCCCACUUUCCUGAUCUUGCAAUCAUCUUUAAUUGGAUGGCAAGUAUGGAGAUGGUCUAUUAGGAGGCUGACUCAUGUAAAGUUACUCCGGUGAAUGCAUCGAGGUCAUGCACAGACUUGGGACCCACAUAUGGUCCUGGCACCCAAGGGAAAAUUCAGCCCCUGGAGUCUGAAACCAAAUUUUAUAGUACGUUAAUAAAUCAUUGAACUUCAUUACUUUUUUCAUAAGCCUAUGGAUUGAUAGUUAAUACCAGUGAAAAUAAUAAUUAUUUUUCACCCACGUCAAAAAAUAAAUACCGGUGUGCAGUGCUCCAAUGCUACCUUGAGAAAUUUGCCAAAAACUCGACGACUCAAAUUGCAUCAUCAAGUUGGUAACUUUGUCAGGAUUUUGUGAUUGGAAUAUUCUCUCCCAACAAAUAGGGGCAUCUAAAAGCUCCAGCCUUCCUUUCAACUUGCAAGGCUAAGAAAUAAAAGUAUACACAACAAGCUUGGGGUGCAAACCCUCUGCUGGCCUGCUAAUGCUCCGUUGCACAAUCUCUCCAUAACAACCUAAUGAAUAUGACCCCUCCCAUUCACAAUACAAAGUGAAAUGUACACAGGCAGCAUUCAUCCUGCAAAUUCUCAGCAGCAAAUUCAAAGCUGCAGUCCACAGUAAGACUAAUGACUAGUAGAAAAACGAACAACAAGCCAAACCAGCAUCAGCACAUCUUUAUUCAUCUUCUCUAAGGGAGUGCUGAAUGUUACGUGACCAUACCUGCGUCAUGCACCCACUUCCCCUUCCCCAUUCUUGGAACAGCUUGAGACACAAGUAAAACUAAUGAGGCUGGCCUCAACAGGAACCAUUCCCAUAAAGCAAGCUUUCAGGGAGAUAAUAGAAGUAGGAAAUACUCAGCAGAUUAGGCAGCACUUGUGGAGAGAGAAAGAGUGCAUGUAUUUUGCUGAGAUCAUCAGGACCCUGUUGUUGGCCUCAAUCGGGUUAAGAACCUGGAAGCGGCUGUAACUCGUGAUCUUACCAAAAUCAGCAAGUCAAGAAGCCAUGUCCAAUUAAAGAUGGGAGGCAGAUCAAGGAACCUUGCGGCCCAAAUAGGAAGCCUGCAGCGAUGUCCGGCCAGAGGUGAGUGAUGCCAGUGUAGGUAGGAGAAUGCAAGGGCACCUCAGGGUUAUAAAAAUACAACAAAUAAGUGGCCUGGCAACUGUGGCAAUAAUGUGGAGGAGUAAUGUAAAGGAGGCCUCUCUGGUCCAUCUGCUGUCAGAAGGAUUCCAUCAGCAUCACAAAGUGGGGAAUUAAUUGAGCUAAAUCAGCUACCUGCUGCUGGGCAGAUAGCCGGUGCCAGUCAGACCCCAGCUCCUGCAAGAUUGCUUGGAGGCUGGAUCACAUAAGGGAGCUGCCCUGACACAGAUUCUCUAAUUUUCCUCCUGGUAACACACCCAAACUCAUCUUCACGGUACCAGGCAAUUAUAGCCCAAUGUUUCAGAUCAAUAUUCAAGGAGGGAAUUACAAAUCUUUUGAUGGAAUAGACUUGAACACUGACAAUAAAGUCAUUUUUCCUAAUAGCUGUUUUCUGACUCAGUAAUGUGGUGCUGUAAUUUUUACCUGAUAGUAAUCUAUUGUACUUUAUAAUAACUUUUAAAUUCAGCCUUUGAAUAGAAUAUUGUUGAGCUGAUGGCAUUUCAUCAAUGUCUUAUUCAUGUGAAAGAACAGUGGUAACACAUCAUUGGUGCAGCAUUCUGUGCACAUCUAGAUUUGUGGCUGUUGAAUUAUAUUGCCAGAUUUAAUAAGCUAGUAAUGAGACAAUGUUGAUUGAUUUCUCACCGCUACAAUUUAGUAUAAUGUUGGACAACACAGUGAUGGGGCAGAUAAUUCAGCUUUUUGUCCUAUCUAAACAGUAUUUGAAAAGAUCAAAACUGAGAUUGCUAGAUUUGUUAGAAGAGAGUGUUAAGGAUCACGGGCCCCAGGUGGGCAGAUGGAGUUGAGAUGCAAAUCAACCAUAGUCUAAUUAAAUGGCGGAGCAGGCUGAAGGGGUUGAAUGGACUGCUCAAGUUCCUACGUUAUUUGUAGUGUUGAGAUAUUGAGAAGAAUGUUAAGAGGAGAUUUGACAGAGAUGUUCAAAAUCAUGAGGGGGCUGGACAGAGUAGAUAGGGA